AGAAGAGAGAAUAGUUACAGAUUCUCCAUCCUCAGUCUUUGCAAGGGGACGGCUGUGCCAGCCGGGCUCGGGCAGGCUCCUGGCAGCAUGGCAGCAAAGCCUGGGGCCCUCCUGCUGGUCCUCGCGCUCAGCCUGGCACAGCCAGCCUCGGCCCACCGGAAGCUCCUGGUGUUCCUGCUGGAUGGUUUUCGCUCGGACUACAUCAGUGAUGAGGCCCUGGAGUCCUUGCCUGGUUUCCAAGAGAUCGUGAGCAGGGGAGUAAAAGUGGACUACUUGACCCCAGAUUUUCCCAGUCUCUCUUAUCCCAAUUACUACACCCUAAUGACUGGCCGCCACUGUGAGGUCCAUCAGAUGAUUGGGAACUAUAUGUGGGAUCCCGUCACCAACAAGUCAUUUGACAUCGGUGUCAACAGAGACAGCCUGAUGCCUCUCUGGUGGAAUGGAUCAGAGCCUCUGUGGGUCACUCUGACCAAAGCCAAAAGGAAAGUCUACAUGUACUACUGGCCAGGCUGUGAGGUUGAGAUUCUUGGUGUCAGACCUACUUACUGCCUAGAAUAUAAAAAUGUCCCAACGGAUAUCAAUUUUGCCAAUGCAGUCAGCGAUGCUCUUGACUCCUUCAAGAGUGGCCGGGCUGACCUGGCAGCCAUAUACCACGAGCGCAUCGACGUGGAAGGCCAUCAUUACGGCCCCUCAUCACCUCAGAGAAAAGACGCCCUCAAGGCUGUAGACACCGUCCUGAAGUACAUCACCAAGUGGAUCCAGGAGCGGGAGCUGCAGGACGACCUCAAUGUCAUCAUCUUCUCAGACCACGGGAUGACGGACAUUUUCUGGAUGGACAAAGUGAUUGAGCUGAAUAAGUACAUCAGCCUGAGUGACCUGCAGCAAGUGAAGGACCGAGGGCCUGUUGUGAGCCUCUGGCCGGCCCCUGGGAAACACUCUGAGAUAUACAACAAAUUGAGGACAGUGGAACACAUGACUGUCUACGAGAAAGAAGCCAUACCAAGCAGGUUCUAUUACAAGAAAGGGAAGUUUGUCUCUCCUUUGACCUUAGUGGCCGAUGAAGGAUGGUUCAUAACUGAGAGAAUCAAAAGCCUCGGUCAGGUGACUUUGAAGACACAGACUGUAGGAGCCAGAGUCACGGUUUAGGUUGUGUGGCUCCAGACUCGCUGUAUUUUAACAAACGGGCCUUAACUCAAUUACCCAGGCAUACAAUGUAACUUAUUCAGUCUAAAGUGGAACAAUUACUGUGAACCAAAGCAACUGCGUUAGGCCAAUGAAAAGCAACACAGGCUCAGCUUUGCCUCCACCUUAAAGAGAAAUGUUUGGCAAAUAAAACUCCAGAGAUCCAGGUCCCCAGCUUGCCAACUUGAUUUUACAGAGAUUAUCUUGCAUUUUGGGUCCAAACCCUAAUUGCUUCAUGUCUGAAUGACUUCAGCAGCCUCCUCCCAGCCUGCCUGGAUCCAAGCUCACCCGGCUUUUGGAUCGGUUUCUGAUGUUGGGCCAGCGUGGGAAGGCCCCGCCCUUCAGGGAAACCGCAGGUCACAUCCUGUUUAGAAUCAGUUCCUGAAGAGGGCAUGGCUUAUUGUAGACAGGAGUUUGAAGAUGGUUGCAAAUAGAUCAGACUACAGGGGGAAAGGGAGUGGCAGAUGUUGACUCAUGAGAGUCGUUGGUCAAGGCCAACAAAGAAUGAGACCUGAGACUAGUAUUUAAUCUGCCAGAGAGAGGGAAGGGGUGAUCAGCAGAAAUAUCCAUCAGCCAAAUGAGUGGAAUUCUAAGGACCUUGGUGUAGAAAAAUGGGGGUUCCCUGACCUGAAGUCCCAUCACUCAGGAGGACUGAGUUGUAGCUGUGCGCUCGCAGACAAAGAUAGGCACCUGGUCACCGAGGAAACAAAGCAGACAGGUCAGAAGUGUCAGCUGCAUAGCCCCGAGGCCAAGCUGGGCCCUUCUCCUCUGCAGACUUUGGUUUCUUAUGCUGUGUGAUUUACAAGUCUCCAAAGGGGCCCCCUGCGCCCUAACGCUCUCUCCUCUAAGAACCAAUAUGCUGCUCUUCACUUGAUCACACUGCAGUUCACCUGAGGGAGAUGGGUCUGGCCUCCCAGCAUUUCCACUGAGUGUGGUUUUCCCAGGGUUUUGCAUUGAACACACGUGCAGUCAAGCGGUCAUCUGGAUGGGUGCCCAUCCAACUGUAUUCCAUAAACCCAACUUUCCAAGUCCUACAAAAGGGCUUACAUUUUGAAAUGUUUUCAAUUUAGAAAAUGCUAGUGGAAUGGCUUUGAGUUUUUAAAAGCAAAAAGACGAUGAGGGCUAAUCCACAGUUAGCUGUCACUCAUUUCUUAGAAUGACUACAUGCAUCGUAUUUAGCUGAAAUCACCGCACGGGGAGGCUGGUCAUGGUAGGGAGGGAGAGUGUAAGAAUGCAGAGGUGAUUUGGGGCAAUUUAUGGGAAAACAGGCUUAAGGAGGGAGAGUGGCAAAGCCAGAGGGCACCCUGAAGACCCUGGACAACUAAUUGGUGCCAUCUCAGUUCCAACACAAGAGGCUCUGGACCCCUCCGGGAGGGUGGGACAGGCACUGGUGAAGCUGCUCUAGCCGUAUGUGCUGUCGGAGAAAGUUCUUUCUGGAAGGUGCACACAGUAUCUCAGCAGGAGCACAUCCUGCAAGAAGAUGCAGGUUUUUCUAGUGAGUGACUAAAACACAGUGAUGGGGGACCUGGGGUAUCAGUUAGGAUGCUCUUGGUUACAAGUCACAGACCACUUGAAUAAACGUGCCUUAAAUAAUAAAGAUUUAUUAUCUCACAUAACUAGAAGUCUGGAGACAGGCAGUUCCAUAUUUGGCUCAUCCAGCAACUCGAUGAUAUCAAGGCCCUGAGUCAGCUCUUCUGCAGUUCUUUUGGCUUUCCCUUUGGAGUCACGAGAUGGCUGCUGCAGCUCCAGGCAUUACAUCCCCUUCAGAUCAUCCUGAAGCAGGAAAGAAGGGGUGUGGCUUCUUGUAUAUCUCCUACUUUUAUUAGGGAGCAAAAUAUAUAUCCCAGAAUCAGAGGCAGAUACAGGUUUGGUGGGACUCUGAGAGUUAUAAAAUUUGGGGGAGGAGGUCUCUCUCUAAGAAAAUAAUGCACAAUUAUGAAUAUAAAGUUAGGUACAGGGACUUGGAACAAAACUAUGUAAGUGAGAAACCCAGAGGCUUCUUUAACUGCACUGUAAAUCUGCUUCUGCCCAGAACCCACCAGCAAACUUCCCCUUAGGUCUCAUCAAUCAGCUCAUUAGUGUGGCUAGAAAAUCCCCGCCUUGGGUCCCCUUAGGUCCAAAGCUCUGGAACUGUGCUGAAAUGCAGUCCAGGGGGCCACAAUCACAAGGCGAAAGUGAGACAGAGGCUUGGAAUUAGGCAGACAAGUUUCCUGAACCUGCAUCAGCAAAAAGAGGAGUGAGAGGAGAGCAAGGAUGAAGAGCACCAUCUCCACCCUCCUGACAGUGAUGGCCCACUCCGAAAGCCCAGUGACGACUCCGAGGAUGCCUCCUCCUGCCCCUGGCUGCUUCCAUCACACCCUCUCGCUACCUCCCAACAUUCUCCCCACUCUGCUCAGGGUCCAAGUACCUGCCCCCCUGCAGGAAACUGGCAAAUUGCAGUGUCUUCUGAGAGUGAAGCCAUAUGAUAAUUGCACAUUAUAUAUUAUAUUACGGUUAUGUGCUGCAUAAUGACCUUUCUGUCAACG